CCCGCCUCCCGAGCAGCCGGGCAGAGGUUAAAUUUUUAGAAGUUAUUAAGCCAUUCUGUGCAGUGUUACCUGAAAUCCAGAAACCAGAAAGAAAGAUCCAGUUCAGAGAGAAGGUGCUAUGGACGGCCAUCACGCUCUUCAUUUUCUUAGUAUGCUGCCAGAUACCUUUGUUUGGCAUCAUGUCCUCAGAUUCCGCAGAUCCGUUCUAUUGGAUGCGAGUCAUUCUUGCGUCAAACAGAGGUACUUUGAUGGAAUUAGGUAUCUCACCCAUUGUGACAUCUGGUUUGAUCAUGCAGCUCCUAGCUGGAGCGAAGAUCAUUGAAGUUGGAGAUACUCCAAAAGACAGAGCCUUGUUCAAUGGAGCUCAGAAAUUAUUUGGGAUGAUUAUUACCAUUGGGCAAGCCAUUGUGUAUGUUAUGACUGGAAUGUAUGGAGAUCCUGCUGAAAUGGGUGCUGGAAUUUGUCUUCUUAUUAUAAUUCAGCUGUUUGUUGCUGGUUUGAUUGUGUUGCUGUUAGAUGAGUUGCUACAGAAAGGUUAUGGCUUGGGAUCUGGGAUUUCCCUGUUCAUUGCUACCAAUAUCUGUGAAACCAUUGUCUGGAAGGCUUUCAGUCCCACCACCAUCAACACUGGCAGAGGAACAGAGUUUGAAGGUGCUGUCAUUGCAUUAUUUCAUCUUCUGGCUACAAGAACUGACAAAGUCCGGGCUCUGCGGGAAGCAUUUUACCGGCAGAAUUUGCCCAAUCUUAUGAAUCUGAUUGCUACAGUGUUUGUAUUUGCUGUAGUCAUUUAUUUCCAGGGAUUUCGUGUUGAUUUACCCAUCAAGUCUGCACGAUACCGUGGGCAGUACAGCAGCUAUCCUAUCAAGCUCUUCUAUACCUCCAACAUUCCCAUCAUUCUGCAGUCUGCAUUAGUUUCAAACCUCUAUGUUAUUUCCCAGAUGCUGUCUGUUCGGUUUAGUGGCAACUUCUUGGUGAAUUUACUAGGACAGUGGGCAGAUGUCAGUGGUGGUGGUCCUGCUCGCUCUUACCCUGUUGGUGGCCUGUGUUACUACUUGUCCCCACCAGAAUCCAUGGGUGCAAUAUUUGAGGAUCCUGUCCAUGUCAUAGUUUAUAUAAUAUUUAUGUUAGGAUCUUGUGCGUUCUUCUCGAAGACUUGGAUUGAGGUGUCUGGUUCAUCAGCGAAGGAUGUUGCCAAGCAACUCAAAGAACAGCAAAUGGUGAUGAGAGGCCACCGGGAUACUUCAAUGGUGCAUGAGCUUAACAGGUACAUCCCUACAGCAGCUGCAUUUGGUGGUCUGUGCAUUGGUGCGCUUUCCGUGCUGGCUGACUUUCUAGGAGCCAUUGGGUCGGGCACUGGCAUUCUGCUGGCAGUCACUAUUAUUUAUCAGUAUUUUGAAAUCUUUGUAAAAGAACAAGCUGAAGUUGGAGGAGUAGGUGCAUUAUUUUUCUAGAUGUCCAAAUAUUUCAUGGGUUGUGUGAAAGGGAAGGUAUUUUGACAAUAUGUGUCAUUUAGUCAAAUAAUGCUCUUUUCUUUUUACUUGGUUUUAAGUGCUACGUGUCCCAUUACUGUAAUGGGCAUUGAGCAAUGCCUGUGUGCAGCAUUAGUACCAGCUGCCUUAAGAAUCAAGUUUACAUUAUCUUGUUUGAGUAUUAUCUGGUGUUGCCUGUAAUGCUGGAAACCAAUUCAUCUACCUUGCUGUUCAAACACUACAGUGAGAUGGUAAAAUGUAUCAGUUCAGUAAUGGUUAAGCGUUUUUGCACACAGCAUUAAAAUGUCAACUUUAGUUCCCUGUCCUUAACAGGAAAAAAUAAUUCAAAAUCUAAGAGUUUGGAUUUGCCACGUGCCAGUAUUCCUGACAAAAUGAAUUUGUAGUCUGUAUUUGACAUUAAGUUUUUACUUUUUAAACUUGCAUUUCCCCACCACUGAACUCAGCACUCCUUAUUCCUUUGUGGUGUCUCCACCCAGGCACCAUUCUCUUAGCUCCAAGCAAAUACUUUACCAGAGACUGAUACCCAUCUCACCUGAGAGUUGGUUUUGUGGUGGGUGCAUCACAUGGCCCUGGGCCUCCUGUGGGACAGCACUGGAGCUGCUGUCAUGCUAGCAAGUCAGCCCAGUAGUUUUGUUUAAACCUGUACUUGUGAAAACUGUGCCACUGAAACUUCAUGUCCACUUCGCUUUUGUGAGUCUAAAGAACGAGGCUUGGUUCCUGAAGCAGUGUUCAUAGAGGGGAAA